CAAGACGAGAGGAGGAGAUGACGGCGGGGUCCAAGGGCGGCGGCGGCGGCGUGGCAGCGGCGAGGGCGGCGGCGGCGGGGCCGAGGACGGUGCUCAUCACGGGGGUCAGCAGGGGGCUGGGCCGCGCGCUCGCGCUGGAGCUCGCGCGGCGGGGCCACGCCGUCGUCGGCUGCGGCCGCUCCGCCGACCACGUCCGCUCCCUCGAGGCCGAGAUCGCCACCCCGGCCCGCCACUUCCUCACCGUCGCCGACGUGAGGUCUGACAGCAACAUGGCCGAGUUGGCAAAGGCAGUUGUGGAAAAGAAACAAGUUCCUGAUAUCAUAGUAAACAACGCUGGUACAAUAAACAAGAAUAACAAGACAUGGAGCGUUCCAGCGGAAGAGUUUGAUACAGUGGUUGAUACAAAUAUUAAGGGAACCGCAAAUGUACUCCGUCAUUUCAUACCCCUUAUGAUAGAGAAGAAACAUGGGAUUAUAGUCAAUUUGUCCUCUGGUUGGGGUAGGUCUGCUGCUGCAGAGGUUGCCCCAUAUUGUGCUUCAAAGUGGGCAAUUGAAGGUUUAACACGCUCCUUAGCAAAGGAGCUGCCUCCUGGAUUGGCAGCAAUUGCCCUUAGCCCUGGUGUUGUGAAUACUGACAUGCUUAAUUCAUGCUUCGGAAGCUCGGCCUCAUUAUACCAAUCAACUGAACAAUGGGCACCCAAGGCAGCUACGAUGAUACUAAGCCUUGGCCUAGACGACAAUGGCUCAUCGCUCACCGUAUGAUGCUGUAGCAAAUCUAUAUGCCGAACUAAUCUCUGAUGUAUUGAGUUGUAGUCCUUAACUUUGAACUGUUGUGCAACAUUAUGUUGUAGUUAGAUCGAAUCGACAGUGCGCUAAUGGCUGUAGCUGUGCGUACUGCUGGUUCGCUAUCUCACAGUGAUUCUGUACCGUAUAUUGAUGAUGAUGAUGAAACUGUGAAUGAGUAUGGAUGGCACGCGUUAUUUCUCCCAA